AUGAUCUAUUCGCCCUUUUUCACCUUUGUCUGUUUGGUUUCAUUCCCUCACCUCGUCAGUUCUGCUUGCGACCCGAUACCGCCGUUGUCUCUACGUAUCGGAAAUGCUACGAUCACGGACAGAGAGGUUGUACGAUGGGGGCUUGGGGUAGAAUUCGGGACUCCCCCUCAGACCAUAGUUGCGGCGCUUGAUGCGGAUUGGAAUAAUACAGCAUUUUGGAACACAAGCUUGCCCUGCGGUAAUCUGAGCAGACCAGCAUGCUCCUGGGUGCAUGGUGGAUCGUUUGACGAAUCCGGCUCGACAUCAUGGAAAAGGACGAAGAAUCCCGACAUGAUGGAGCUUAAUCCAGGCGGAGAUGCUAUCAACGCACGGGGAAACGACAAUCUAAAGCUGGGCUCAGAUAUAUUAAUCGACCAAUUCCCGGUCUAUUUCCCAAAGCCGCGGGUUGUACCUCAAAACGGCAUCGGGAUGGGACCAGACUCCACCUUCGUCAACUUCCUCUUUGAUCAAAAGAAAAUCGCAUCGAAAACAUGGUCGUUAUUCUGGGGCUGGCAGGGAGCUGAGCAGGCACAUCAGAUGAACGGGAACUUGGUAUUAGGCGGAUAUGAUAAGGCGAAGACGGGCGGCGCGAAUUUAACUUCAAAAUUCUCGGACGGCAUUGGAUGCCCAAGCUCGUUACUGGUAUAUCUGAGCAACAUUGUCGUGAACCACGCAGACGGGAAGAACUCGAGCCUGUUUGGCACGGCAGGGUCUGCGUUGCGUGCGUGCAUAAAGCCAGAUAACCCCCUCAUCACUCUCCCAGAAAACGUCUUUGACAACCUAAAGAAGUUCUUGCCUGGGAAGCCCGUUGAGCAUUCAAUGGGCAUAUACCCUUCCAGCCUUGCUUACGAGCCGGAGAAUGUGUUCGCGGGCAACAUCACCUUUACGCUAUCCUCCGGCCUUCAGAUCACUAUACCAAACCAUCAGAUCGUUCUCCCAAAUGUGGCAGUUGAUGCUGAUGGGAAGCAGCAAAUGGUCGACAACAACAAAACCAUCAACUUUGGCCAGGCUAGACAGGGCGUUAUGCCUUACCUUGGCCAGCCGUUCCUUUCAUCCACCUACUUGCACGUUAACAACGAGCUUAAGGAGUUCACCGUCUGGGAGGCGAACCCAACAACCGACACCGAGCUAGUUCCUGUCAGGCAUAACUCAGACGACUCUAGCUGCGACGACGAUGGCUCCUCUCUUAGCGGUGGUGCCAUUGCCGGGAUCGUUGUUGGAGUAGUCGCGUUUAUAGCGAUUGUAGCGUUGGGGAUAUUCUUUUUCUUAAGGCGGCGGCGCAACAAGAAUAGGGAUAGGGAUUCAAAAGCUGGCCUUCCCCUGGUUGAGGUGAAUCAGGGAUUGGACGAUAAGAAACAAGAUACCCCUCAAGAAAUGGACGCUGGAAUAAGUCAACAGGCGCCAGUAGAGCUGCCAGAUCAGGAUUAUUCGCCGCAGGAGCUGCCUGCGGACGUCCCAUCACAUCAUAGAUGA